AUUAUGCGCCACAGAACCGCCUCGCGCACAGCAGAGCAGCCUGUUUUCUCAACCAGAGUAGCUGGUUAUUGUUACUGAAACCCGCCACAACGACGGCGACCCAUUUAUCCCGCUGUCUCCUCGAACAUAUCUUUGUUGUGGGCGGUGGUACGUAAAAUUAAACUUUUUUUUAAUUGGUAACAUUACAGUGAUUAACAUGGAUUCUGCAGCCCCUCCUCAAUGCCUGCUGCAGUCAAUCGACAGGAAAGCGGUGGCAUCUGAGGGCAACUCCGAUUAUUUACAAUCUGUUAGUAGCGAAUCGAGCUCAUUCAUCAUGGUUGAGCCCAUAAACCGCCUCGAAGUUCCGUCCAGGCUGUGGGUGACGACGGUUGUGGUCAUCGUGAUUGUCCUUCAAGUUGCCUCGACAACGGGACUCUUCAUCUACUUAAAUAUGUCAGUGGCACAGGCUCGGUCCCAGGGUGUGGUGGAGGAACUGAGAUGUCUUGGUCUUCUGAAUGCUCUAGAGAAAGAGCAGGACGUACCAGAUGACCUGGUGCAGCUAUUUGGGGAGCCGUGCAUUAAACUAGCCGAAGGACUCAAAGCCUACAUUUCUAAGGUCACAGAAAACAUAAUCUCUAAACACACCUUUCAAGAAAGAGUAGCCAUCCCUCCUCGAGCAAAAUUACUCACCACUGGCAGCCCACGGCCGUCUGCUCAUCUUACUCUCAGAGACAGUGGACUUCAGGGUCCCACAUCCCUAACCCCCCAGGCUGACCUUUACCAGUCCUGUCGUCAUCCUGUUCGUUCCUGGGGAAACCAGAGCUUCGGCUCCCACCUGCACAACAUGACGGUGUCCAACGGCCGUCUGCGUAUUCCUCGCGCAGGACGCUACUACCUGUACGCCCAAGUCUACUUCCAAUAUCUCACCCUCUCCAGUGACGAUUACCACUCUGGCUUUGUCAGCCACCAGGUGGUGCAGUGUGUCUACAAGAAGACUGCCUAUGCUCACCCUAUUCAGCUCCUGAAGGGUGUGGGCACCAAAUGUUGGUCACCAGACAGUGAGAAUGCUCUUCAUUCAAUCUAUCAGGGUGGGCUGUUUGAACUUCGUGCAGGAGAUGAGAUCUUCAUCUCUGUGUCUUCUCCAACAGCUGUAUAUGCAGAAGACUCAUCCAGCUACUUUGGGGCCUUCCUGUUUGACCUCUGAAGGACACAGUUGUGGUUUGUGGUCUUAAUUAAAGGCAAAGGAAAUGGUUCACAUGGGAACUAUGAAAAAAAGGGAACUACAGAUACUCUGUAUAAAGGGAUUACAUUCUGCCAUCUGGAAAAUGUAAAUGGCUCUGUAAUGGCCAACAGACUAGACUAGACUGAAUCUGUACUUAUAGCAGUAAUUUUUCUGAAACCAUCAUGUCAGUGUGGUUUUAGGUGAAGACUGGCUGGAGGUGAAAGCUCUAGCAUCUACAUUUGAUGUUUUAUGGGAAAAUGGACAUGAAUGGGGUUGAUGUGCGAUAGCCUCACAUGACUGAGUGAUAUAAUAUAAAAUAAUAUCUGGACGGACACAUCAUAAGCAUAUCUGAGAGGAAGAUAUGAAGUUGAACUGCCUAACAACCUUUACGUUGUACACACUUUCUUCAAAAAGAAGAAACACCAGAAAAUGAGUAUGAGGUCCUUCAUUAUAUAACCAAUUAGGAAAAAAAAAUCCAUCAUGUGAGUUAAGACGUUUUCAAUUUUAACAACAAACUUUUUUGUUUUACUGUAUGUUUCACUGUUCAAAAUUUUCAUUCCAUUUUUAUGAAGUCAAUCUGAGUCAAUGUGACUGGUCAUGGUUCAGUAAUCUUUAGUUAAAUAAAAAAUAUUCAUUCGCCAUUUUGCACCAUGA